UAUCUUACGCAGCUUAUUUGCCCUCUCUCUGCUUUAAACCUAGCAGUUCUCAAAUUCGCCAUGGGUAAAAAGUCCGCCACCAAAGUUGAAGCAGCCCCUGCUGCCAUUAAGGCCACAAAACCUUUGAAGAAAGGUAAGAGAGAGCCUGAGGAUGAUUUGGAAACCAAAGUGAACCUUAAGAAGCAGAAGAAAGACUUGGUAGCUGCUGUUCAAAAGGAAAAAGCUGAGAAGAAGGUGCCCAAGAAGGUGGAGAGCUCUGAUGAGUCUGAUUCCUCUGAUUCUGAGGAAGAGGACAAGGCUAAGAAAGUUCCUGCCAAGAAGGCUCCCGUGGAGGCUGCUUCAAGCAGUGAUGAUGACGCUGACGACUCUUCUUCAGAUGAUGAACCCGCACAAAAGAAGGCUGUUGCUUCUACCAACGGAAUUGUUGCAAAGAAGGCAAAGGAUGAAUCAUCUUCUGAGGAGGAAUCUUCAGAUGAGGAAGAAGUUGCUGCUACCAAGAAACCUGCUGCAGCAGCUAAGCCAGCUGCGAAGGAUUCUUCAUCCUCUGAGGAGGAUUCAGAAGAUGAAUCCGAGGAUGAGAAGGUGAAACCUCUUGCUAAGAAGGCAGCGCCUGUUGCUACCAAAGCUGCUUCAAGCAGUUCAGAUUCGUCUGAGGAAGAUUCUGAUGAGGAAAGUGAAGAUGAAAAGACUGCACCAAAGGCUAAAGAAGGUACCAAGACGGCUGAGAAGGAUAGCAGUAGCGAUGACUCUGGCUCUGAGGAGUCUGAGAGUGAGGAUGAGAAAGAAACCCCUAAGAAGAAGAGCUCUGACGUAGAAAUGGUGGAUGCUGAGAAGCAUCAGCCAAAGACACCAUCGACUCCUGCUGCAGGAGGAACAAAGACACUCUUUGUUGCCAAUCUCCCAUUCCAAGUUGAAAGAUCCGAUGUUGAGGAAUUCUUCAAGGAAGCUGGCCAAGUUGUUGAUGUUAGAUUUGCUACGAACAAGGAUGAUGGCCGUUUCAGAGGCUUUGGCCAUGUUGAGUUUGCAAGCGCUGGAGAAGCACAGAAGGCACUUGAGUUUCACGGUAGACCUCUGCUCGGUCGUGAACUUCGUCUUGAUGUUGCUCAAGAGAGGGGUGAAAGACCCGCUUACACUCCACAGAGCGGCACUGGUAAUAACUUCAGAAGCGGUGGUGGUGGAGGCGAAGAGGUUUUCGUGAAGGGGUUUGACUCUUCUCUCCCUCCGAAUGAUAUCAAGAGCGCCUUGAGGGAACACUUUGCUUCAUGUGGAGAGAUCACAAGGGUCUCUGUUCCCAUUGACCGUGAAACUGGUGGUUCGAGAGGAAUUGCUUACGUUGAAUUCAAAGAAGGCACAAAGAAGGCGUUUGAACUUAAUGGUAGUGACAUGGGAGGAUGGAAUAUCGUCGUUGAUCAGCCUAGACAGAAGGAGAACAACAAUAGUGGUGGUGGAUUCAAUGGUGGAAGGAGCGGAGGAAGAGAUAAUUUCCGUGGUCGUGGCAGAGGAAGAGAUAAUUUCCGUGGCAGAGGAAGAGACAACGGUCGUGGAAGGCCUAGUUUCACUUCUCAAGCUAAGAAGACUGUCUUCAGCGACGAGUAGAAAGCUUGUAAAGCUUGUAGAAGAUAAUGAAUGCUCUUUAUGUUUUUUUUAAGUCUUAACUUAUGAUACUUCAGUGUCUUUUUUUUGUUUUUGUUUUUUUUUCUUUUUCUCAGAACCGUUGAAUUUUUGGUGUUAAUGUUAAAUUAAGCUCAGUCUUGAGUACUUUUGCUGUUAUAUCAUUGUCUUUCCCUUCGUUAA